AAUACGUGACGCUCGUUCUCUGUUCGUCUGCUGGACGGUAAUGGCGGCGUGCCGGGGAUCAUCGUCCAAAUGGUUUUUUACCCGGGAACAGCUCGAAAACACCCCGUCCCGCCGCUGCGGAAUGGAGCCAGACAGAGAGCUGUCUUAUCGACAGCAAGCCGCGAAUCUUAUUCAGGACAUGGGCCAGAGACUAAAUGUUUCUCAACUCACAAUAAAUACUGCCAUUGUUUACAUGCACAGAUUUUAUAUGUACCACUCUUUCACCAAAUUCCACAGAAAUACCAUCUCCCCAACAACAUUAUUUCUGGCUGCAAAAGUUGAAGAGCAACCACGGAAACUCGAACACGUCAUUAAAGUAGCUCAUGCAUGUUUAAACCCCCAGGAGCCUCCACUGGAUACAAAGAGUAAUGCAUACCUCCAGCAAGCUCAAGAGCUGGUGAUACUUGAAACCAUAGUGCUGCAGACUUUAGGCUUUGAAAUAACAAUUGAACAUCCACACACUGAUGUAGUGAAAUGUUCCCAGCUAGUGCGAGCAAGCAAGGAUCUGGCACAGACUUCCUAUUUCAUGGCUACCAACAGUCUGCACCUCACCACCUUCUGCUUGCAGUACAAGCCCACAGUCAUCGCCUGCGUCUGCAUUCACCUGGCCUGCAAGUGGUCCAACUGGGAGAUUCCUGUUUCUACCGAUGGAAAGCACUGGUGGGAGUAUGUGGACAGCUCAGUUACACUUGAACUUCUUGACGAACUCACCCACGAGUUUCUGCAAAUAUUAGAGAAGACACCCAGCAGGUUGAAGAGGAUUCGUAACUGGCGAGCUACACAAGCUGCUAAGAAGCCCAAAUCAGAUGGUCAGGCCUCAGACAGCAACUCUUUAGCGGGACCUUCAUUAACCCAGGACAUGUCCUUGAUGGAUGCCCUUCCCGGGGUAUCUACAAACACAGCAUUCUCCAAAGCCUCAACGUCUUUCCCAGUGACCCUGCCAAGCAACUCAAGCAGCAGUCUUUCUCUUGAUUCCAUUGCCAACAUGCAGGGAACCUCAUACACUUACACCGCCCCCAGUGACUGGCCUCAGGACCAAGUGCGCUCAGACCAGUAUUCUGUCAAACAGCUUCCCCCACACAGUUCUAUGCACCCACACCGGCCUGACAAAAGCGCAGAGUUCAACCCUGCCAAACAUGAACACAAGGCCAGCGGCGGGGCGAAGCACCAGGCCACGGCCUAUCCUCCACCUGCAGCACCUACACAGAAAAUGUCUCUGGACAAGUACAGGGAGAAACAUGCUGCUGAGCUGGCUGUGCAGAAACGCAGGCAAGAGCAGCAGAUCGUGGAGACAGAGGCAUAUGGUGCUCAGACGGAUCACCGCAAGCACCUGCCCCAGCUGUCUCAUGGGCAGCAGGGAGCAGGAGCCACCACUGCCUCACCCCUGAAGAUGAAGCUGCCCGUCUCUGGGCAGGACAAGCUCCAGGACAAACGUGACAAAGGGAGUUCUAUAAAACUGCGUCUUCCGGUCCCCUCACAGAGCGAGAAGGGGGGAUCAAGUAAGGAGGAGCUAAAAAUGAAAAUAAAGGUCUCCUCUGAGCGGCAUAGCUCCUCUGACGAGGGUGCUGCAAAGAGCAAACAUUCCAGCCCGCUUGUGAGCAAGGAGAAACACAGAGACCACUCAGCCCAUCGUCACCAUCAUAAACAUGGCCACUCACACACGCAUAGUGGCAACGGCAGGAGCAGCCUUGAGGCGCCUGCAUCUGGUUCGGCCCUCCGGAGCCCAAUAGGUUCUGGUGGGGAUGGCACAAGCUCAGCUUCCAGUUCUUCACGCAAGAGGGUGAACCCCGAAGCCAGCCACAAUCACCACUCCAAAAAGAACAAGAGCUCCAAAGGCGGUGCAGGUGGGCUACGGACAUCUCAGCACCCUAGUGAAACUGGACAGGAAACCAGUGGAGAGCCAUGGCCUUGAGGGCGCCGGCCUAGCUAAUGGCCAACACACAGACUACAAACAUAAUUUUGACAUGCUUGAGUCACUGUUAAGUGCCCAAGGAAUGGACUAAUGAACUGAUAGGAAAGAGGAUAAAAUAUAAAAGAAAAUCAAGCAUAGAUUUCAUUAUUAGAAAGAGGGGAGAAUAACAGGAAUGUGAAGAGUAAGAGAAAGAAAUAAAAAUGCUUCCCGAUCUUCUGGCAGUUCGGUUCAGUCUCGCCAUCUCUGUAUAACUGCUGCUUUCCUCAGUAUUCCCUCAUGAGCAGUCUGUAUGAAUGCGUGAGCCAGUAUAUGAAUGUCAGGGCCAUUAUAGUGUAAAGAUGUUUUCAUGAUAAAAGUGUAAUGAGUGAAAGUUUUUGACGCAAGAAAAUUUAUAAGACUGAAAUCACCCUCUAAAAUGACUGACGCUCCUCUCAUUUGUUAAACAACGUUUGUAGAAGGAAUGCAGAAUCCAGAUUUAAGUUCCAUAGAUUCUUGAAUGUUUCUUUGUUUCCUUUCCCUUCAUCUGAUACCUUCUAUGUGAACUGCAUGUUAAUAAUGAAAGGGACGAGAUAGUUGUUUACAGAUUGUGAAGAAAAAUUUACAUACAUUCUCGUAUGUUAAAAGCUGUACCAUAACUUCUCAGGUUUGGAGCUGCUUGUAAAAUAUAUAUAUAUAUAUAUAUGAAAUAUAUAUGGGGGUAGGGGGAUUUUGUGACUCAGUGUUAGAAUCUAUCACAUUGGCAUUUCUAGCGCAGCCUUCCAGUGAUGUGCUCUAAAACUGGUGUUCCAUGUUGCUAUCAGGAGAGGGUGAACUAGCUGGCAAUCCACACCCUGCCAAUUACCUGGCAUGUUGUCAGGGGCCAUGCAAUUUGUACCUUUUCUGACCUUCAAGAUGACCUUAAGCUGGAUGCCAAAGGCUGUGCCUCAAAACGUAUAGUUCUAUGAAGUUUACAUAACCUUCUCUGUGAAGUGCAUUUUAUAUAUUUCUUGGCUUGAAGCAGUAGCCUAUUUGUGCAACUCUGUAAGUCAGUAACAAAUAACCUGAAACAUGCAUAGGUAAAAGGAGAUUGAGUUCAUUAUCACAGUGCUGACCCAAAGAGAUCUGGGCUUUCACAGGCCCUUAACAUUAUUUCUGAAUAUGGAUGAAUGGUUUUGAUUUUUUGAUUUAGAUUUUUUAGUGUGAAGAUAUUGGUAAAUGAGGCCAGCAUUGUCCAAAUCAUCAUUUUACUUUUGAUCGCUGAAUUGCAGUUGGAUAAGGCAAGUGCAAACCCUGGCACUUUUUUUUUUUUUUUUUUUUUUGGUCUUUUCCCAGUUUUAUUUAGAUUUAAUAAUAAAUUCCAUGGUUUCCACUACCUUAA